AUGAGCUCUACAAGAAAUCGACCACAAUCAGCAAAGGGACGGCGACGACCUCCACCUACUAGCCUUCCUUCGUCUCCUUCAUAUCAUCAGCAUUCAAGUGAAAGGACUCAUACCGCUCCUGAUAAUACAAAAUCAGAGCUUCAAUCAACCUAUGUAACUGCAUCAAGCAGUAAACCAUUAGUUCGAGGGCUAUCGCAAGAUUCCGCAUUGCCUAAUUUCCCUCCAGCACCUGAAUCAACCGCAGCGUCUCUAUCUAAAUAUAAACGAUUGCCUUCUAUUGGUAACCGAGACACAGUUGACAUUAAAACAGUAACACCAAUUUUCCGACCGCAUCCUCCCAAUAGCAAUGCAACAACGUCGACUUUUAAACGAAAUCAUUUAGCUAGAAGAGCGAGCGAUCCGAAGUCAUGGCGACAAAUUCCUAUACCACCAGAACCAGAUGAUCAAGAUGAAGAUCGUAUUAUGUUAGCCGUUAAGCUUAAUAAUGGAAAAAGGAUCGAAAGAUGGUUUCGGCGAAGUAAUACUUUAAAUGACAUCAUUCGAUAUGCUGCUUACGCUGCCAAAUCUCUUGAAGUUUUAAGUCUUAUACUUGUUACUAAUGAAAUUCCUAAACGCGAAUUUGAUAAUUUAUCAAUGACUAUUGCUGAAGCGGAUAUAAAGCAGAGAACACUAUUGUAUUUACAGAGCAGAUAA